GUCACCGGAGACUUCCCCAGCGGCGGCGGGAGCGGCGUUUGACUGGUUUGGCCGCGGCCGGCGGCACCGUUGCGGAGCUGCUCCGUGCGGGAGGAGGGCCCGAGGGAAGUCCUGACCGACUCUCCUCCCCGCCCUCCUUUCCCUCGCUCCUCGCGGCCGCCCAAGCCUCUCGGCCAGUCCCGCCGCCGCCGCUGCCAUGGGCGUCCUGGAGCGGCUGAGGAAGGACUGGUUCAUGCUGGGGAUCGUCCUGGCCAUCACCGUCGCCAAGCUGGAGCCGGCCUUUGGGGUGAAGGGGGGACCACUGAAACCAGAAAUCACCAUCACAUAUGUAGCUGUCUCUGCUAUAUUCUUCAAUAGUGGGCUAUCCCUGAAAACAGAGGAGCUGACAAGUGCUUUGAUGCAUGUAAAAUUGCAUCUUUUUGUGCAGAUCUUCACACUUGUAUUCGUCCCAACAGUUAUAUGGCUAUUUCUUCAGCUUCUAUCUAUUACAUCUAUAAAUGAAUGGCUUUUAAAAGGUUUACAGACAGUAGGCUGUAUGCCUCCGCCUGUAUCUUCAGCAGUGAUUUUAACUAAAGCUGUUGGGGGGAAUGAGGCAGCUGCUAUAUUUAACUCAGCCUUUGGAAGUUUUUUGGGCAUUGUUAUAACUCCUUUGCUCCUACUGCUUUUUCUUGGAUCCUCCUCUUCUGUGCCUUUUUCAUCUAUAUUCUCACAGCUGUUCAUGACUGUUGUAGUUCCACUCAUAAUUGGACAGAUUGUCCGAAGAUACAUCAAGGAAUGGCUUGAGAGAAAGAAGCCUCCAUUUGGUACUAUCAGCAGUUGUGUACUCUUGAUGAUCAUCUAUACAACAUUCUGUGAUACUUUCUCUAAUCCAAAUAUUGACCUUGAUAAAUUUAGCCUGAUCAUAAUAGUUUUUAUAAUAUUUUCAGUGCAGCUGGGAUUUAUGAUGUUAACUUUCUUCUUUUCUACCAGAAAGAGUUCUGGCUUUACACCAGCAGACACAGUGGCUAUUAUUUUCUGUUCCACACACAAAUCUCUAACCUUAGGUAUACCAAUGCUGAAGAUAGUUUUUGAAGGUUACAAGCAUCUGUCCUUAAUUUCAGUCCCAUUGCUUAUAUAUCACCCAGCGCAGAUCCUCCUUGGCAGCAUUUUGGUACCAACAAUAAAAUCUUGGAUGAUUUCUAGACAAAAGGCAAUGAAAUUAACAAGGCAGCCCAAAGUACCAGUGAAAGUAUAACGGAACAGCCCUCGUGAAUGUAUAUAUGUCCUAUUUUGUACAUACAGAGAGACAAUGCAAAAGAUGAUCAUAUAUGAAUGUUGCCUCAGCACUUACUUUAUUUUUAUACCUACAAAUAUAUUUAAAAUACCUACUGAAGUGCCUUAAAGUACUUUUGACAAAAGCAUUGAUUCCAAAAUCAGAUGACUGGUUAUUAUAAGAGGUUGCACUCAGAAUUUGCAUUCACUCACUUUUAUUUCUCUUCCUGAGCAAAUCAUCCUAGCAGUGAAACUUUAAAGCUUCCAUGAUCACAUCUCCGUGGCAUGUCUCAAUCCACCAAGCGGGUUCCUCUUCGGUAAGCUUUAUUGCAAUGAAUGAAGACCAAACUGGACCUACCGCUUGUCCUAAUUAUUCACGAACUUUUUAUAUGUUUGCCUGAGCACUGGCAUCUUCUAGUUCCUUGAAGGAGAUGGUUUCUGAAGAUUUAAGUGAGAAAUGAACUUGAUUUUUGGUGAUUCUGUCACGUCCUUAUUUUGGCAUGCCUUUUUUUUCUUCCAAAUUUGUGUAUAUUCAGCAAGGGGCCAGCCAUUGGAGAGAAACCGAGAAGCAUAAAUCAUUUGCAUUUGUUGAGGAAAUUCUCUCCACCUUCCUUCAAAGUUAAUGGCUUCUCAGGAUAAUUCAGAUCCAUUUUUAUGGUGCUGUGGCAUUUAUAUCUUAAAUGAACUGUGAACUUCCUCAAAGACAAGGCUAUAAGGAAACACCAGUGAUUUACAAGCACAGCUGGAUGAAUGUCUUUAUUAUCAUUGCUAUAGUUUACUAAAACAGAUUAUCUUUUUCCCUUGUGCAGGACAUUCCACCCAAUAGUGACAGAAAAAUACUAAUAUUACAGUGGUCACUUUAUUGCCCCUUACAAGCUUUUCAGUGCUAUAUUGUUCGAUAUCCCAUGAGCAGCAUACAAAAACUAAUGAGGUUGGAAGACUGCCCCCUCAAGCUAGCAAAGAUACACAUAUUCCAUAGAAAUUUAAGCAGCAUUAGAAUGAAUAUAUCCAGUUAACCUGACAAUCAGAGUUUAAAGGUGAUUUUUUUU